CCGAGCGGAGCUCUUCGCCCUUUUCGGCAUCCGGAGACUUUGGCGACAUGGUGCAGCAAAAAGACAAACUGAAAAAAACAACUUGCAAGUAUAACCUUGAUCUCACCCAUCCUGUGGAAGAUGGCAUAUUUGACUCAGGAAACUUUGAACAGUUCUUGAAUGAGAGAAUUAAAGUCAAUGGAAAAACAGGAAACCUGGGAAAUGUAGUUCACAUUGAACGCUUUAAAAAUAAGAUCACAGUAACGUCAGAAAAGCAGUUCUCAAAAAGGUACCUUAAAUAUCUCACGAAGAAGUACCUCAAGAAGCACAAUCUUCGUGACUGGUUGCGAGUGGUAGCGUCUGACAAGGAGACCUAUGAGCUGCGUUAUUUCCAGAUCAGUCAUGAUGAUGAAGGGUCUGAAGCUGAGGAGUAAUGAGUUUUUAAAUGGAGCAUCAUGUUCCUAAAUGAACAGAGUAUAUACACAAUCAACUAUUUAUGAGCAUGCAUUAAUUUAUUACCAAACAUCUUGUGUGCUAUUUUAAAUCUCCUGUCAUCUCUGAGAUAUAUUUUAAAAGUGUCAUUAAAUGGCUAUUCUGAGAUAAAUUUUGUUUUACGUUU